AUGGCUGUGUCGGGCGCAGCGAUUUUGUUGAAAAAGAUCCCCUAUAAGUUCAAGGACGAGUCGCUUCUUGACACUAGAGCAUAUAUCGGUGGAAAAUGGGUUCCGGCUUCUUCAGGGGCGACAUUCCCGGUCUACGAUCCUGAAGAUGACUCGGUUGCAUUUCACGUCGCCAACCUUUCCGUUGAUGAAGUUCGCAGAGCCAUAGAUACGGCACAAGACGCUUUCAAAAUAUACAAGCAAAUCACUCAUCGGAAACGCCGAGAACUUCUGCGCAAGUGGACCGACCUGGUGAAAGCCAACAGGGAUGACCUUUCGGCUAUAUGUACUCUGGAACUGGGAAAACCCAUUACAGAAUCUUACGUCACAGUGGACUAUGGGAUCAGUUUCCUGGAGUGGUUUGAAGGAGAGAUCGAACGGCUCUAUGGUGAGACUAUCCCUGCUGCCAGAGCUAAUAACCGCAUCAUCACAAUCCGGGAACCACAAGGGGUUGUUGCGGCCAUAACCCCCUGGAAUUCGCCGGUUGCGAUGAUCUUGCGCAAAGUUGGAGCAGCGAUUGCAGGAGGUAACACGGUUGUCCUCAAGCCUGCUCCGGAAACCCCAAUGUGUGCCAUUGCCAUUGCCAAGUUGUUUGAACGUGUUGGAUAUCCGGAGGGCACCCUGAACAUUGUGCUCGGAGACGCAGCAGCUUCUGCACGGAUUGGGGCGGAGAUGUGCAGUAACAAGCUGGUCCGCCAUCUGAGCUUCACAGGCUCUACAGCAGUGGGCAAACAUCUCAACACUGAAUGUGCCAGGACGAUGAAGAAGACAAGUAUGGAGCUGGGCGGCAAUGCCCCCUUUAUUGUCUUUGAAGACGCCAACAUUCAAAAAGCCGUGAAUGGACUCAUCAGCUCCAAAUUUCGAUCAUCCGGCCAAACCUGUGUGUGUGCAAACCGCAUCUUUGUACAUCGCUCUAUCGUCGAAGAGUUUGCUCGGGUCUUACAGACAACCCUGGCUCAAGUAUUCACAUAUGGGUCUGUGUGGGAUCCAAAGGUGAAUUUCGGGCCUCUCUACUCUUCCAAGGGCGUUGAGAAAGUAAAGCGACAUGUAGAAGAUGCAGUUUCCAAAGGCGCAAAAGUUGUCGAAGGGGGUUAUAUCAAAGACAGUCUUGGGCCCAACUUCUAUGUACCAACCAUUCUCGUCAAUGCCUCACCGCACACGAUGACUUUCGGUGCGGAGGAGACAUUCGGACCAGUCGCACCAUUGACACCUUUUAAUUCGGAGGAGGAAGUCAUUCAGCUAGCCAACACGGAAGAGAGCGGUCUAGCCUCUUACUUCUAUACAGAAAAUAUAUCGAGGCUAUGGCGCGUUUCGGAGGCCUUGGAGACCGGCAUGGUAGGAGUACAAGUCGGCCUUGUUAGUGCUUGCGAGCAGCCUUUUGGAGGCAUCAAGGAAAGUGGAAUUGGUCGUGAAGGAUCUAGGUUUGGUGUCGAGGACUAUGUUAAUAUCAAAAGCAUCACAGUGGGCAUAUAA